AAACAAGUAAGGUUUUCCUUUCUAUCCCCAAACCUACCAUCCUCCAGGCUGGAGCCACCUCCCCUGAAGACUAAGUAGACUAUCGCGCGAGAUCGUUGGGAAACAAGGAAGACAAUAUCUCAGCUUCUAAUCGCGAACGACCCGCCGGUUUCUUGCCUUCUGUUCCCUUGUCUGCACCACAAUGUGUCACGACAUUAUCUGGGUUUACGCCUGUGAUUGCGAAGAAGCAAACAGAACCUUCGUGCAAUGCGUUCCUCGCCGCGGAACAAACGGAAAAUGCGAGCUGUUCGAUCCUCCCGUGUACGAACGUGUCAACAACCCAUGCCGCAAUCAUUGUGUGCCUUUUUGUGACUAGGUCAGCUGGAGAGAAGGCGAUGAGGAUCAGGACUGGCAGUGUGGAAGUGGAGUGAGGAGUGGGUGGGAAGGGAUGACUAGGCUGAGGAAAUGCUGUGGUUAUGAUUCUGUCAAUCAUAUUUCCUGAAAUUGAAGUGAAAAUGCCUGAUAUCGUUGAU